CAGUCCCGCCCACCCACCGGGCUAGAGUCCGGAGUGGCUCCGCCAAACUGACGCACUACGGCGCUCCAGCCAAUCGAGAAUCGUAGACGAGGUUCAAAUAAAGACGGCGGGUGAAACAUGGUGAACCGGACUUGAUUUGGGAGGUGAUUAACCUCCUAUCCGUGUUGAAGAUGUGGCGGGUGAAGAAAUUGAACCUCAGCCUGUCGCCCUCGCCCCAGCCGGGGCAACCAGCUAUGAGAACUCCAUUUCGGGAACUAAACCUACAGCCCAGUGACGUCAACUCAAGACAAGGCCCCGCUUUGUGCUCCACACUGACCCCAACACUGUGCAAGCUGGGACUGCAGGAAGACAGCAACAACUCAUCUGUACUGGGUUUUUGCAAUGCCAAAGGGACAGACUCCCCUUCAGAACAAUUCAACUAUCCCUCAGAAUGUCUAGAAGCUUGUCAGCAUGAAUCAGAUGAGCAGCGCCUAGGUCUGACUCCCCAAACCAACUCUACGCCCAAAACAUUUGAGGAAGGAAUAGGCCCAGUGGAUGACUAUGUGAUUAAAACCACGGUCCUUGAAUCCCCUCCAGUGGAGCAGCAGCAAGAAGUGAUACUUGAGGCUCUUUUAGAUACCACGGCAGAGACAAACAGCAGCUCUCUAAAUAAGCCUUUGAGGCCAGGAAAUCUAGUGAAGAAGGACGUGGCACCCUGCAUGGAAGAUGGCUUUUUAGAAGUUGUUGCUGCUAUGCCUGAGAAACAUACAUUUCAAAAAACUCCAUCUCAUCUCUUGGAUUCUCCACCAAAUCCCUGUUCCGAGCAACAACUACACUGUUCUGAGGAGAGCCUGAGGAGCAAUAGGACUGAAUCUGUACCUGAGGACUUAGUACCUUCUGAAAGUAAUGACUUCAUGCUUUCCUCCAUUCUCUGGCUUUCUCCUUCAACUGGCUUGGGAGCAGAUUUCACCACCAAUCAUGUGGACCAAGGGGAGGAAACUGUAGAGCACAGAGCUAUAGAAGAAAGAGAAAUGAGCUCCACACUGUCUGAAAAGGUUGAAUUGGGAGAUCAAAAACUUGUCUCAAAUGUGGAAAAUGUCCAACCCACAUGCCUGACACCAAAUCCAGCAGCAUCGGAAAUCCAGGAAGCUCCAGGCCCAGCAGAAGAUGCUGUUAGAAUUCUUGGAUGUGAUUCAGAGACUUGGAUGUCCCCAUUGGCCUGGCUAGAAAAGGGUGUAAAUACUUCCGUCAUGCUAGAAAAUCUCCGCCAAAGUUUAUCCCUUCCUUCUAUGCUGCAGGAUGCUGCCAUUGGCACUACGUCUUUCUCUACUUGCUCUGUGGGGACUUGGUUUACUCCUCCAGUACCACAGGAAAAGAAUAUGAACAAAUCCCAGAUAGGCUCACAGGACACCAAGAAGAGUACUGCAGAGGCACAGCACCACCUCUGGGGCCAUCAUCCUCCAGAUCUGACUACAUUGUCUAGACAUGACCUGGAAGAUAAUCUGAUGAGCUCUCUUGUCAUUCUGGAGGUUCUGACCCGCCAGCUACAGGACUGGAAGAGUCACCUGGCUGUCCCUCACCCAGAAGCACAGGCCUGUAGCACCCAGACAGAUACCUGUCCUAGUCAGGUAACUAAGGAACCUCAGCAUCUUCAGGAGAGCCAAAAGAUUGGACAGGCCCUGCAGCAGGCUAGGAACAUCAUGCAAUCAUGGGCGCUAGUCUCUGAAGAGCUCACGACCUUGCUUCACCUGUCCCUGUUGCAUGUAGAAGAAGACAAAACAACUAUCAGUCAGGAGUCUAGGUUUGUAGAAAAUUUGGUCUCCUGCUGCUUUGAUAUGUUAAAGAAACUGAAAGUAAAGCUCCAGAGCUUCAAAACAGAAAGGGAGGAGGCAAGGCACAGAGAGGAAAUGGCCCUCAGAGGCAAGGAUGUGGCAGAGACGGUGCUGGAGGCUUUCUGUGCACAUGCCGGCCAGCGCAUCAGCCAGCUGGAAAAGAACUUGAAAUUCACAGAGGAAUUCAGAGGCCUUCUGCAGGAGGCCCAGGCCCAAUUGGUAGGCCUUCAUACAGAGCAAGGAGAGCUGGCUCAGCAGACAGUGAAUCUGACUUCUACCCUUGAACAGGACUGGACAUCCAUGCAACUGGAUUACGAGGCAUGGACAGCUUUGCUGAGUCGGUCUCGACAACUCAUAGAAGAACUCACAACCAAGAGCCGACAGGCCCUGCAGGACCAUGAUGUUGCAGUUAAAGAAAAGCAGCAGAUUUCUACAGAGAUGGAACAAGUCUCAGCCCAUUUAGAGGACUGCAAAGGCCAAAUAGAACAAAUGAAGAUGGAAAAUAGUCGCUUAGCAACAGAUCUCCAGGCUCAGCUGCAGAUUCUGGCUGACAAGGAUAGCCAGCUCAAAGAACUGCAGAAUCAGCACACCCACUGUACUCAGGACCUGGCCACAAAGGAUGAGUUGCUCUGCCAACUUAGCCAGAGCAACGAGAAGCAGGCUGCUCAAUGGCAAAAGGAAAAGAUGGCACUAAAACAAAUGCACGCAGAACUUCAGCAGCAACAAGAUGUUUUGGCCAAGGAGGUGCAGGACCUGAAGGAGACUGUGGAGUUUGCAGACCAGGAGAAUCAGGUUGCUCACCUGGAGCUGGGCCAGAUUGAGUGUCAGUUAAAAACCACAUUGGAUGUGCUCCGGGAGCGCAGCCUGCAGUGCGAGACUCUGAAGGACGCUGUAGAGAACCUAAAGGCUGACCUGGCCAGCACCAUAGCAGAGAACCGGGAACAAAACCUACAGAAGACACAGCAGUAUUCCCAAGAGCUGGGGGUGCUGACCAAACAACUACAGAGCCUAACUCUCUUCCUACAGACAAAACUAAAGGAGGAGGCUGAACCAGAGGGCCUUCCACUGAGCACAGCCGGUGCUCCCGCCAAGGAACACCCUCUGCCUAAUGACAAUGACUUCGUGGGGAGCAAUUUGACGGCAGAGACCAAUGAAGAGGUAGAAUCAGCUCCUGUACCCUUGCUUGGAAGUGCCAAGAGUGCUUUCACCCGAGUAGCAUCAAUGGUUUCCCUUCAGCCUACAGAGACCCCAGACAUAGAGAAGAAUCUGGCGGAAAUGAAUACUAAGCUUCUUGAGCUUCACAGCCUGUGUACUCUGCUGCAGGAGUCUAAAGAAGAAGCAAUUGGGACUCUGCAGCGAAAAAUUUGUGCUUUGCAGGUGAGGCUGCAGGCCGAGGAAGAACAGCAUCAGGAAGCCCAGAAGGCAAAGGAAGCAGACUUAGAGAAGCUGAACCAGGCUUUGUGCUUGCGCUACAAGAAUGAAAAGGAGCUCCAAGAAGUGAUACAGAAGCAGAAUGAGAAGAUCCUAGAGCAGAUAGACAAGAGUGGCGAGCUCAUAAGCCUCAGAGAAGAGGUGACCCAGCUCACCCGCUCACUUCGGCGAGCAGAAACAGAGACUAAAGUGCUCCAGGAGACUCUUGCAGGCCAGCUGGACCCCAACUGUGAGCCCAUGGCCACUAACUGGAUCCAGGAGAAAGUGUGGCUCUACCAGGAGGUGGACAAGCUGAGGGUGAUGUUCCUGGAGAUGAAAGAUGAGAAAGCAAAACUCAUGGUCAAGUUCCAGAGCCAGAGAAACAUCCUAGAGGAGAACCUUCGGCGCUCUGAUGCAGAGUUAAAGAAACUAGAUGAGAUUGUUCAGCAUAUUUACGAGACUCUGCUGUCCAUCCCAGAGGCAGUGCGGAGUUGCAAGGAGCUACAAGGAUUGCUAGAAUUUCUGAGCUAAGAAACAGAAAGUAGCCAAUGGCGGUGGUGUGUGCCUGUAGUUCCAGCUACUGGGGAGGCUGAGGCAAGGACAAGCACCUGAGCCCAGAACUUCAAGACUACCUUGGGCAACAUAGUGAGACCCUGUCUCAAAAAGGAAAAGAAACUGAAAGCUGGAUUCUCCAUCCCCCCCCUUUUUUUUUACUUGCAAUACCCUCUUUCCCCAACACAAGAACCAACUGGCCUAGA